GACUUUAGCUCCACGCCCAGCACGCCCUUCCCUUCUCUGGGUAGCUGGCACUACCUGGCGCGGCGGAGGAGAGGAACAGCCGGGCGGAUGGCGGGAGGAACCCGGCCGCCAGGCGCGCGGGCGGCGGCGUUGCAGGAAUCUCCCAUUCAUAAAGCGAACACCUGCUCGCCGCCUCCUGCCUCUCCCCACCCGCGAGCAGCCUGGGGAGGUUGUGUUUGGCAACCUUCACGGUGUCCCCGCCGAGUCCUCGCCGCUCCGGGCCCACGACCCGCCUCGGUAGAACCGAGGAAACAAAAAGGCUGGUGGCGCGAUACGUAAAUCAAACCUCGCCCUUUGGCGCGAGGCUGUCCGACAUUUUGUGCCUGGAAAGCUUUUGCGGGGAAAAUAGAUUUAGGAAGCGACUGUCGCACUGUUCUGCGGGGCCUUUUUUCCAAGCGACUGGCCUUUUAGCGGCCGCUGUUUACGCUUUCAUGGUGGCCGGGAGUGGGCAGGGCGGGAGAGGGCCAGGAGUGCUUUGGCAGGCGGGGCGGGGCGCCGUGCUAAUUCACCACGCAGUCUCCAUCCGAACCCCGAGCUGCUGCUCUCCACAAUGAUCCUCCCUGCGAAGCCCUCGGACCGGCCCCCGACUGCCAGCCGCGCGAGGCGAGCCCUCAUUCGCUGAGCCGACGCCUGGCUCCCCGCCCCCCGCCCCGUUACUCUCGCUCUGGAAAUUACAACUCCUGGGCGCUCGGCGCGGCGGGCGCGGGAGGCGGCGGGGCCGGGAGGGGAUUCCCGAGCCAGCGGGCGCUCGCUCCCCGCCCGCCGCUGCAGCGUGGUGCGGCCAAGGUCAGGGGCGCCGCAGGAAUCGGAGCUGGCGAGACGAGUCGGGGACGCGGGUCAGUACCGGCCUGCGAAGAGGCAGCUCCGGGAACGGCAGCCGGGGAGCGGGACGGCGACGACCUCCCGGCCCGAGGACGCCAAGGUGGCCGCGGGAGCGCAGCAGCCUGGCUGGCGGUGCGCACCGGGAGUCGGCGCUGACUCCUUCUCCUCCCGCUCGCGGGCGCUGUCCGCCGUCUGGUGGUGCUGAACCAGUCCUGGCCCAGCCGCUCGCGCUUCUGCCAAGAGCUGGGUAGGGGCGGGGCGCUCGGAGAAGACUCCGGGCAACGACGAUGCGGAGCCCAGCUCAGUAGCCUCGCUGGCUGACAGCAGCGGGACACUGAUCCUGCACGGAGGGGAGGCACGAGGUAUCCGGACGGCGCCGCUGCUGCUGAUUCAUCACCCGGACAACCUCAGAGGCCACCUCGAGGGCUACCCGCCACCUUCAGACGGCCGCCUCUGGUGCGGGAGCCUCGCCUGCAGGAGGUGAGGACCCCUCCCUUCUCUGGCGACCAAGCUUCUUAGGGCGGUGGCCUGAGGACAGAGAGGGGCGUGCCCCCCGCGGGUGAAGACAGCAUGCCCGUGUAAUGCCCCCGCCUCCCGUCUCAGCAGCGCUGACCUCGCCCUCCCGGCUGCGCUUGUCUUCGGAGCCUGACCAUUCUUCGCUGGUCCCGAGCGGCUCGGGCCGCGGGCGCGGCGAUGGAGGAGGAGCUGAAAUGCCCUGUGUGCGGCUCCCUGUUCCGGGAGCCCAUCAUCUUGCCCUGCUCGCACAAUGUCUGCCUGCCAUGCGCCCGCACCAUCGCGGUUCAGACCCCGGACGGCGAGCAGCACCUGCCCCCACCGCUCCUGCUUUCGCGGGGUGCCGCCGCCGCCGCGCCCCCUCCGGAUCAGGACGCUGCGGCCGGCGCGACCUGCGGAGGCGCUGGAGCUAGCACAGCUGGAGGCCUGGGCGGCGGGGCGGCCGGAGGCGGAGACCACGCGGACAAGCUGAGCUUGUACAGCGAGACUGACAGCGGUUACGGCUCCUACACCCCCAGCCUCAAGUCCCCCAACGGAGUCCGCGUGCUGCCCAUGGUGCCUGCGCCCCCGGGCUCUUCUGCCGCCGCGGCCCGGGGCGCUGCCUGCUCCUCACUCUGCUCGUCCUCCAGCUCCAUCACCUGCCCGCAGUGCCACCGCAGCGCCUCCCUGGAUCACCGCGGCCUGCGAGGCUUCCAGCGCAACCGGCUGCUGGAGGGCAUAGUGCAGCGGUACCAGCAGAGCCGUGGGGUUGCUGCGGGGGCGUCUGCAGCCCCGGCGGUGGCCAUCUGCCAGCUGUGCGACCGCACCCCACCGGAGCCGGCAGCCACUCUUUGCGAGCAAUGCGACGUGCUCUAUUGCGCCACCUGCCAGCUCAAAUGCCACCCGUCCCGGGGCCCUUUCGCUAAGCAUCGGCUAGUUCAGCCCCCGCCUCCGCCCGCACCUCCAGAGGCUACCCCUGCUUCAGCCGGCACAUCCACCGCCCCCAGCGCAGGAGGAUGCAGGAGCCCAGGGGGUGCCGGAGCCAGCGCGCCACGAAAGUUCCCCACAUGCCCCGAGCACGAAAUGGAGAACUACAGCAUGUACUGCGUGAGCUGUCGGAGCCCGGUGUGCUACCUGUGCCUGGAGGAAGGCAGACACGGCAAACACGAGGUGAAGCCGCUCGGGGCAACGUGGAAGCAGCACAAGGCCCAGCUGUCUCAGGCCCUAAAUGGGGUUUCAGAUAAGGCCAAAGAGGCGAAGGAGUUUCUGGUUCAGCUCAAGAACAUACUGCAGCAGAUCCAGGAAAAUGGAUUGGACUAUGAAGCUUGCCUGGUGGCACAGUGUGAUGCCCUGGUGGAUGCACUGACCCGGCAGAAAGCCAAGUUGCUCACCAAGGUGACCAAAGAGAGAGAGCACAAGCUGAAGAUGGUUUGGGACCAGAUCAAUCACUGCACACUGAAGCUGCGUCAGUCCACAGGCCUGAUGGAGUACUGCCUGGAGGUGAUCAAGGAGGAUGACCCCUCUGGCUUCCUGCAGAUCUCAGAUGCCCUGAUCAAGCGCGUGCAGGUGUCUCAGGAGCAGUGGGUCAAAGGGGCCCUGGAGCCCAAAGUGUCUGCGGAAUUUGACCUGACUCUGGACAGCGAGCCGCUGCUGCAAGCCAUCCACCAGCUGGAUUUCGUCCAGAUGAAAUGUAGGGUGCCACCUGUACCCUUGCUGCAGCUGGAGAAGUGCUGCACCCGCAAUAACAGUGUCACCCUGGCCUGGAGGACACCACCCUUCACCCACAGCCCCGCUGACGGCUACAUCCUGGAGCUGGACGAUGGUGAUGGGGGGCAGUUCCGGGAAGUGUAUGUUGGCAAGGAGACCCUGUGCACCAUUGACGGGCUUCACUUUAACAGCACAUACAAUGCCAGAGUCAAAGCCUUCAACUCCUCUGGCGUCGGGCCCUACAGCAAGACUGUGGUCCUGCAGACGUCCGAUGUGGCCUGGUUCACUUUUGACCCCAACUCUGGCCACCGGGACAUCAUCUUGUCCAAUGACAACCAGACAGCCACCUGCAGCAGCUAUGAUGACCGGGUGGUGCUAGGCACAGCUGCAUUCUCCAAAGGUGUGCACUACUGGGAGCUACAUGUGGACCGGUAUGACAACCACCCAGACCCUGCCUUCGGGGUGGCCAGGGCCAGCGUAGUCAAGGACAUGAUGCUGGGCAAGGACGACAAGGCCUGGGCCAUGUACGUGGACAACAACCGCAGCUGGUUUAUGCACUGUAACUCCCACACCAACAGGACUGAAGGCGGUGUGUGCAAGGGGGCCACUGUGGGCGUGCUGCUGGACCUGAACAAGCACACACUGACGUUCUUCAUCAAUGGGCAGCAGCAGGGCCCCACAGCCUUCAGCCAUGUGGAUGGGGUCUUCAUGCCUGCUCUCAGCCUCAACCGAAAUGUGCAGGUCACCUUGCACACAGGACUGGAGGUGCCAACAAAUCUAGGACGGCCAAAGCUGUCCGGCAACUAGCCUGGUGGCCCCUGCGGCUGCCUGCCUGCCUGGUUGUGGUGGCGGCCCUCAGAGGACAAGGGCACAGCAGGAAGUCCUGGGCCCCAGCAGCCAGUCCAUGUCUGAAGAUGCUCUUUUGGGGGAAAUGGAAAAUGAAUGGGCUGUGAGCCACAUGGCCAUACUGCGGCUGCCGAGGUCAGGAGUGGCCUUUCACCUCUACGCCACAGAGCUUAGGGUUCCCAGUGCUCCGGAAGGCUUUGGUUUCAGGCUUCUGUUUUCUGACACCUUUUGAAAAGUUUGAUUUCCCCUUAAAUUUUUUUUUUUUCCUGGAGGGAGAGUGGAAGGCUAACUUGGAGACUGGUAUCCCAAGACCAGUCAGCGCUGUGACGUCACUCCAUGCCUGCUUGUAACCCGUUGCUAGGACUCUGCUCCUUCUGGAGUCCCAAGCUGGCAACUUGUCACCUCUGCUGGAAGAAGCUGACCUUGAGCCUUUGGGAUCUGUAGUCUUCAAUACACUGCAAACGAAUUCAGGACUAAUGGAACAUUAAUCAUUAAUGAACUACUAGAACCAUUCAGAAGGGCUUCCUUACCGCCUUUACUAUUAACCAUGUGCUAUCAAUACCACCCCCCCACACACACACACACACAUAGUGUGUGUGUAACAAUCAGGUGUUUUUGUUUUUUUGUUUUUUUUUUGAGACAGGGUUUCUCUGUGUAGCUUUGGAGCCUGUCCUGGAACUCACUCUGUAGACCAGGCUGGCCUCAAACUCACAGAGAUCUGCCUCUGCCUCCCGAGUGCUGAGAUAAAAGGCGUGUGCCACCACCGCCUGGCUCAAUCCGUUAACUUUUAUUCAUUCAGUUCUAAGUUCCAAAUGGAAACCCUGGAAUCCAAGACAGUGACAUGUCUUGGCACGGCAGUAGCUUUCUCUACAACCUGAUUCCCCAGAAAUUGAUGGAAAUAAACUGCGUUGCCUUCCUAGGCUAGGCCUUGAGCACAGAAGCAGCAGACCCCGGAAAGACCUCUCAUCAAGCAAGCCCCUACGGCUUCACCCAGUGCCCUGUUGGAAGUAUCACCAACAUGAGGUCCACGUCCUUCACUUCCGGACGUCAAUUGGGGCCAAACAUCCAGGUUUCUCCUUUUUGCAUUCCGGCUGAUAAAAAAGAAAAAAAAAAAAAAAAAAGGAAGUAUCACCAACAUGAGAAGCGGCCCUGGCGGCAACAUGGGGUGGCUCUGUCACAAUGGGACAGAUGAGACCCCCGGAGAAAGGCUGAAACUAGAUGAUGACACCCUACAACUUCUCUUCCCACGUGAGCCAGGGUUCCCUGGGGUUCUUCUGAGGAGCGCUGCCCUUGCUGGCGAGGUCCACAGGAAGUCAUCCCCACCCCCAGGCCUCAUGUCACCCCUGCCUGUCUCCUGCAGUCUCCAGCUCUGUCUGCCAGUGUCCUUGCUCUCUCCUUUGGAAAGAAUUCAUUUCAUCAAGUGUUUCAUUUUAUACCGAGGGAUGACUGGCCCAUCAGCUGGGCUGUUUUUCUGUUUUGUUUUGUUUUUUAAAUAUCAGAUCUGCACCGAUCCCAACUGUGCUUCCUCACUGCCUUCGAGCAUAGGCCCUGCACCUGCUCCCAAGUACCCACCGCUGGGCUGCCCAGACCCUCCAGUCCUACCUCAGAGUUCUCACUGGUGGCCCUGGUUUUCUCAGAUGUCACCAGGAGCAGUUCCACGCUGUCCAGCCUCCGCCCUGGGCCCUGGAGCCACCUUCAUGGCAGAGGUGGACCUUUGGCUUCUUUGGACUCUCUUCCUGCUAAGUGCUCUCUGGCUCAACGGCUCAUAAUUGCAUCUAGAGCCCUCAGGGCAGCCCGCGGGGCCCUGGCUACCAUAUCCUCAGUUGCUCAGCAGGUCCUGUUGUCCCACGGCCACAGCUCUGGAAGAUCCCAGCAGAGGGAGGGAAAGGUGCUUCUGAGUGAAGAGCAUGGAGGAGCCUCUGCCCUCCUGGACCCAGGCAGCCACAUGUGGCGGUGGUCAGGGGUGGUGGUGCUGGUGCUGGUCCAAGUGUCUGGCUCUCUUGUGGGAGAGCCCAGAGACCUUGGAGUAAGAACAAGCAGAAAGGCUGGCCAAGGGGAGCCCCUGUAGUCUUUAAAGCCUGGGUCAAACACCUGCCUGGUGGGGGCAGGAGUCACUUGGGCAGAUCUGAAUCUGUGGAUCGCUUGGGGGAGAUAAGGAAAUGGCCACAAUUCCAGGUGACUUCUUUUUUCUGGUGCUGGAGAAUCCAACCCAUGGCCUUGGUCCUGCACAUGCUAGGAAAGUGGUCAACCAUUGAGCCCCCAGAGCUCUAGGUCACUUUCCUCCUCCUCCUCCCCCCUUGUCCUCCCCCUCCUCCUCUUUCCCCUCCUCCUCUUCCUCCCCCUCCUCCUCUACUUCUUCUUCCUCCUUCUUCUUGUUAUUUUAGUUUGUUUGAGACAUGGUCUCACACUGUAGCCCAGGCUGGCCUGGAAUUCACUAUAUAUCUCAGGCUGGCCUUGAACUCACAGCAAUCCUCCUGCCUCAGCCUCCUGAGUACUGGGAUUACAGAGGUGAGCAUCACACCCAACUCAGGUGUGUCCUCUUUAAGGAGUUCCCUGAAGUUGAGCCAGGAAGACCCAGCUCCCCAUCUCCCACAGCAGCAUGGGUGGGGGAGGUGGCUAGACACCUCCCUUUGCUCACCAGAGCCCAGAAGCAAUACGCUGAUGCCAGGGACAACCCGGGCCGCCCUGCACAGCCACCUCCCCUGCCUUCCGCACAGGGCACCUUUCAGGGACCAGGAUGCACGGAUGAGAGACAGGCGGGACGGUGUCCCACACUUGGGAGUUUGAGGCGAUCAGAAAAGCUAAGUCCUCACAGUGGCAAGGCCCUGGAAUUGCAAGUGACAGACAGAUAGAUCAUGGGGUCACCUUAGCAGCUGGUGACUGAGGUGACAUUGCUGUAUAUACACAACAUCAAGGUGAGGCCUUCCUUGGUGGGCCACUGAGAAGGAACUUGGGGUAGGUCUGCGAGAAAGACAUUCAACUCUGAAGCCUGCUUUCUGUGUGGGUCAGUGAAUGCCAAUCCCUUAGAAACGAAUGUCCUUGACAAAUACUCACUGGCACCUACGCCACACACACACACACACACACACAGCACCUCCCCCCUCACAGCAGGGCAGCAGUAUCCACAGCCCAGGCUUUCCCUCCUCUGCCCUGUCUGGAGACGCGGUCUCAGCUUUAGAGGACAACUGCCUGGCCUUGGUACUCUCACACUGUAUGUGGUCCAGGCUGUACCUUCAGUCCUUUGUGUGCUCUGUGGUUCCAAAAAUGUUCUUAGCUGCCCUGUAGCCCCAAGGGGUCCAGAGCCAGGAAGCAAUAUGCUACCAGGGCGAGCCCUGAGACAUGGGCGAGCCCUGAGGCAUGGGUGAGCCCUGCGAGAUGGAGAAUGCCCACUCUAUUGAGCCCUUUCUCUUGUUCUUGUUGCCCUCCCCCUCCCCCGGCCCCCUCAGGUCAGGGCCAGAGUGCAGUGUCCAUGUGAACUGACUUUCCCGGGGGCAGCAUGUCAGCCUUAAUUCUGUGAGUCAAAGGCUUGCUUCUUGAGUGGAGACGUGUUUCAGCGCAGGUAGUCUGGGUUUGCCCUUCGUGAGGCUGUCUCCAGCCCCUAUGACCUCCCUCCCAGUGCAGAGAGGAGAAGAGAGAGGAUAAAAUCCUUCGGGGAAUCUCAAUAUGGGAGUGUGAAGAACACCAUCACAGGACUGUGGGAGUGGCCCCAGGGGUGCUUAAUGUUGACCUUUGGGGUGGGGCCUGAGUGCUGGAAAGCAUUAAGCACCCAUGAUCUCUACCCUCAAGAUGCCAAGAGCACCCCAGUUAAUGUGACAAAACCAAAUACCUAGAGACAUCCAUAUACCCCUUUGGGGCUGACCUGGAUCUGGGUCAUACUGAUUUAUUGGGUGUUGACAUUCAUAGUGUUGGUACCCAUUCCUGUGUCACAUAGGAGGUCUGUCCUAAAGCCACUGGCCUCCUAUUACCCCAACGUACGAAUUCUUCACAGGUCUUCAGUGGAGCGUGUGAGGGAAAGGGGCUUACAUUUCUGCUUACUGAAGAUAGUGGCCAACCCCACCUCUACUCUUGGAAAGAAAAUGUCCUUCCCUUCAUUUUUCUUGGCCACAUUUUCCUGGAAGGAACAGGGAUAUCUUAAUAGAUUUGGGACCCUCAAGGAGUUAGAGCAAUCUCAUAAUAUAUUGUUAGAAGACGUUCAAAGUCCACACUGGUCCUGGGAACUCUUACCCCAGGAACAGCCAGUUGUCAGUGACAGCAUGGUAUGGGUUCUUGGUUGAGUGGGGUCUUGACAGCUGGGGAAGAGGUGAAGAGGUGAGCCAAGGUAAAGAAGAGGCUUGAGGCAGAGAGACGAUACAGCAGAGUAUCUCUCAGUACUUAGCUCUUAAGUUGGCUUUGAUGUUGGCUCAUGGCAUGCAUGGGGGUGAAUAUCCUACUUGUUCUGUGCCUCAGUAUCCCUGCCUGCAAACAAGACUGGUCACACCAACCUACCUCCUCUCUGUAUUGUGCGGAUCAUGAAAUAGUCUCAUUGGUAAGGUCCAGGCUGAAUAUCUCACAUUCAGUGGCUCAAACCUGGAUGACUUUACUGUGUCCUCUGACUACGGUGUCUUCCACCCAAGCUUCCUAUGAUCAGGCAAGUAUUUUUCACAUAGCUGCCUGGCCAUCUGAGCCAGUUCACAUGACUACAGCAAGCACAUCCCAUUAACGGAGAGCCUGGGUUAAUGCCAUGUUCCAGGGCUUUAAACAGGCCAAACCUGUCAGCAACCUUCUCUUGAGUGCUAAAGGCAUCUGCAUGUAGUGUCCCCUAAGCCAAGAAAAGAUGUUAGCCAGCCUUCUGCCUCCUGUUCCUUCAGUUCUGGUCUCUAAGGCAUCCCCCUACUCACGCACAGCCUUUCACUUUUAUUUCCCCAACAGUAGGGGUGGCUUUGGAAGACAUCUGAGAGUGUCAUGACAUACAGCUGAACUGGGACCUCGAGGGGAUGGCUAAUGACAAGUCCAUUUCAGACAACUGACUGCUGUUGGGAUUUCCUGGCACAGGCUAUGAAGGGUGGGGAGCCUGACCUUUUCCAUGAACAGUGUUGAAUCCAGAAGCCGGGAUUGGACUCUAAAUGAGGCGAUUCCCUCAAGUGGUGCAGCUCACUGAGGGCCCAGCUGUUGACCCAGCCCUGGGAGAGGGCCCAGAGUGUGAGGACUAGCAGGGCGGCACUGGGCAUCAAGCCUUUGUGCGCAUCGCUGAGCAGAUGCUAGACAGGCCUUGGGAUGACUACCGGAGCUCCUGUAGUGGCCUUUCCAACUCCAAACCCCCAGAGACUGGACUUCCUAAGCCCCCCACUUUCUCAGCCCCAGCAGAGAGUGGGGUGUAGACACAACAGAAAACGUGAAUGCAUGAUAAAGAAUCGCCGCCUUUGCACUUCCCGGCGCACUGAGCAUGAAAGAUGUUUGUAUAAUGUUGGCAAAGGAAUUUACCAGAAACAGAAAGCUGUGUACUGUUGUUUUGGCCCCCUUUUCCUGCCCCUUCUUGCCUCCUCUCCCCACCCUCCCUACCACAUUGAUUCUGUCCCCCGUGGUUGGUAUUUGGUGGCAGCUCUUGGUCCUGUGGCUGUUCAUGUUUUGCUGAGAACACAGAGGGGUGGGCAGUGGUAAGGAAAGGAAUUUUUUCUAAUUUUUGUAUUAGGUAUCCACAAGCGUUUGUAUUUUUUGAAUUGCAAACACUGUGUUUUCUGGUCUUUAGGAGGUUGGUUGAACUUCCUGUAUUACUUUUUGAAAAACUUGAGUUUUACCACAUUCUUAAACAGAUUUGAAAUAAAUUCUUUUGACACUGCCAA